AUGUUCCGGAUAACAUCGUUGAUUUCCAGUACAUCCAACAUCGUCUGGCGAUACACGCGAUUUGGAACCUACGCUACAAAAUCCAUUAGACCUCCGACCCCAGAGCCAACGGAAAAUGUGCCCGACGUGAGCACCUUCCUCCAAAAAAUUGGCCGUGGUGUGUCUGAAUACACAGAGACUUUUGAGAAUGACUGGCAAAAAUUUUGGGAACUGGGCUCUUCAGGGAUGAAAGAACAGGGACUAGAGCCUCGUGCCAGAAAAUAUAUUCUGGACUGGCAGGAAAGAUAUAGAAAGGGUGUCGAGUUGCACGAGAUCCCAAGGGGCGAGAAACUCCACGGAGGAGAGCGCAAAAGAAGAAUUUACCUUGCCGAGAAAAGGCUCAAGGAAGCUAGAGAACUUGCUCAGCUGAAGAGACGGUUCAAGAUCCAGAGCAAUCAGGAAAAGAGAAAGAGAGAGAGGUUUGAGAGAUUGCACCAGAUGAAUAUGUAA